AAACAAUAUUCAUUCGUGGCCCUGCCUGGAAACGCUGUCAAGAAGCGUCCAAGGCGGCGCUACGACGAGAUUGAACGGCUUUAUCAAUGUUCAUGGCCUUCAUGCUCAAAGGCAUACGGCACUCUAAAUCACUUAAAUGCCCACGUCACCAUGCAGAAACACGGCGUCAAGCGUAGUCCAAAUGAAUUUAAAGAGCUGCGUAAGCAAUGGCGGAAGUCCAAAAAGGAGGAAGCCGAU